CCGGCGGCACCCGCAGCGUCCGAGCCCAGCGCUCCGCACCGCGAGGCGGGCCACCAGAGGCGCGUCCCCCGCCCCGCCGGCCCGGCCCGUAGACCCCCGAGCCCCGCACCGCGAGGCACGCUGCGGUCGUAGCCCCGGCAGCAGCGGCGGACUCCCGCCGUCCAGCCAGCCGCCCGUCCAUCCCGCGGUCCGUCCGUCCGUCCGAGCCCCGGGAGCAGCCAGCCCGCCGCCGCCGGCCAUGGAGCACCAGCUGCUGUGCUGCGAGGUGGAGACCAUUCGCCGGGCGUACCUCGAUGCCAACCUCCUCAACGACCGGGCGCUGCAGACCAUGCUCAAAGCCGAGGAGACGUGCUCGCCCUCCGUCUCGUACUUCAAGUGCGUGCAGAAGGACAUUCUUCCCUACAUGCGCAAGAUCGUGGCCACCUGGAUGCUCGAGGUGUGCGAGGAGCAGAAAUGCGAAGAGGAAGUCUUCCCCCUGGCUAUGAACUAUCUGGACCGGUUCCUGUCCCUGGAGCCGCUGAAGAAGAGCCGGCUGCAGCUGCUGGGGGCCACCUGCAUGUUCGUGGCGUCCAAGAUGAAGGAGACCAUCCCCCUGACGGCUGAGAAGCUGUGUAUCUACACGGACCACUCGGUGCGGCCCGAGGAGCUGCUGCACAUGGAGCUGCUGCUGGUCAACAAGCUGAAGUGGCACCUGGCGGCCAUGACCCCCCACGACUUCAUUGAACACUUUCUGUCCAAGAUGCCGGUGCUGGAGGAGAACAAGCAGAUCAUCCGGAAACACGCGCAGACCUUCGUGGCCCUCUGCGCUACAGACGUGAAAUUCAUUUCCAACCCCCCUUCCAUGAUCGCCGCGGGGAGCGUGGUGGCUGCAGUCCAGGGUCUGCACCUGGGGAGCACCAACUCCUUCCUCACCUACCAGCGCCUCACCAGAUUCCUGUCUCAAGUUAUUAAGUGUGACCCGGAUUGCUUACGAGCCUGCCAGGAGCAGAUCGAAGCCCUCCUGGAGUCCAGCCUGCGCCAGGCCCAGCAACACAGCUCAUCCUCAGUGCCCAAGAACAUGGAGGAGGAGGCAGACCUGUCCUACACGCCCACCGAUGUGCGAGAUGUGAACAUUUGAGGGGCCACCCACCAUCUCCUGGGGGUUUGCUGAGUCUAGAGGCAAACAAAGGGCAUCUGGGGAAGGAGGCCGCCGCCGCCAUGUCAGAACCCACCCCUCCACCCCGACCCCCACCAUUAACACCCACCCACAUGCAGAAAACCUUCUCCAGGACACUUUUAUGCAGAAACGGACCUUCCUUCUCUCUGUUCCUGUCCUUUCUCACUCUCUCUCCCCCUCCAUCCGUGACUUACAGAAACCAUCCCAAAAACUGUCUUGGAAAAAAAAGAGGAAAAAAAGGAUUCGCAUGGCCCCGGGGGAAGGGGCUUUGGCCGCAAAUAGAUGCUUUUAUACUCUAAUAAUCAACUAGGUUUUAUA